GUAGGGGCGGUGACGAUGAUAACUAACACCUCACAGAAUCAGAGAGGCUCUUCUUCCUCUGAAGUUAAGCCGCAGCAGAGUCUGAUGAGCAUGGAGGACAGCGGCAACGUCAUCGCGCCGUUCGUUAUGAAGACUUAUCAGAUGAUCAACGAUCCCACGACGGAUAGGUUUAUCGCCUGGGGCAGAGCCAACAACAGCUUCCACGUCGUCGAGCCGCUCGAGUUCUCGCAGCGGCUUUUGCCGGCUUAUUUCAAACACAACAACUUUUCGAGCUUCGUCCGACAGCUCAAUACUUAUGGAUUCCGGAAAGUCGACCCGGACCGGUGGGAGUUCGCGAACGAGUGGUUCCUGCGGGGGCAGACGCAUUUGUUGAAGAACUUGGUGAGGAGAAAAAACAGCCACAGGGCGGUGGUCAACGCGGCGGCGUAUGGGAAGACGGAGGAGCUUGACGACGAGGGAAUAGUAACGGAGAUAGCGAGGUUGAGGCAGGAGCAGAGGAGCUUAGAGGUGGAAGUGGAGAAUAUGAACAAGAGACUGGAGUUGGCAGAGAGAAGACCGCAGCAGAUGAUGGCUUUUCUUCACAAAGUGGCGGAGGACCCCGAGAUUCUGUUACGUAUGAUGAUGGAGAAAGACCGGAGAGUCGCGGAGGGGUUGGGGGACAAGAAGCGGCGGCUGAUGAUUGCCUCGACGCCGUCCACUUCGUCGUCGGGGAUGGGGGCGACGUCAACUUCCGUGAAGACUGAGGAGGAAGUUGACGGAGGGAUGGGAGUGAACUCGUCGCCGGAACCGGGUAUUGAGGUGCAAAGUUUUUCUCGAGGGUCGACGUCGCCGGAGACGUCGAUGGCGCAGGAGUGGUGGAGCCAGAGGCGCGUUGUGGAUCGGACUUGGAGUGAUCAGGAGUUGAAUGGUAGAAAUACUACGGGGUUAGUAACGCAGUCGGGUCUUGGAAAUGGGAAUAGCGUUGAGGCUGGGUACGGGUUCGGGUUUGGCGAAAAUAGGAGUGGUAGCGGAGAAGUGGGUUAUUUUGCGGAGCUGGAAGAGUGUCCCCCGCCGCCUUUUCCAUUCUCACUGUUAGAAGGUGGGUUCUAGUUCUACUUAGUUUUUUUGGGGUUUCUAAUCUAAAUGUGUCACUGUUUUUAAAUAUUUAUUGUGUAAUCUAAUGAUAAUAAUAAUAAUAAUUCUUUGUU